GUCCCCAGCACUUAGCGAAUGACUUCUCCCUCGGUGGGACCUGAGCCGGGCUCGCAGCGACCCCCAAGUCCACAGUCGCGCCGUGCCAGCCCGCGAGUCGGCCAGCGUGAGCGGCCCACCCGCGCCUGGGACCAUGGCCACCGACUCGUGGGCCCUGGCGGUGGACGAGCAGGAAGCGGCGGCCGAGUCGUUGAGCAACUUGCAUCUCAAGGAAGAGAAAAUUAAACCUGAUGCCAAUGGUGCUGCUGUCAAGACCAGUGCUAAUGCAGAGAAGACGGACGACGACGAGAAAGAGGACAGAGCUGCCCAGUCCUUACUUAACAAGCUGAUCAGAAGCAAUCUUGUGGAUAACACGAAUCAGGUGGAGGUCCUGCAGCGAGACCCAAACUCCCCCCUCUACUCGGUGAAGUCUUUUGAAGAGCUUCGGCUGAAACCGCAACUUCUCCAGGGAGUCUAUGCCAUGGGUUUCAAUCGUCCAUCCAAGAUACAAGAGAAUGCAUUGCCACUGAUGCUUGCUGAACCCCCACAGAACUUAAUCGCCCAGUCGCAGUCUGGUACUGGGAAGACAGCUGCGUUUGUGUUGGCCAUGCUCAGUCACGUGGAGCCUGUGAACAGAUACCCCCAGUGUCUGUGCCUCUCCCCAACAUACGAGCUCGCCCUCCAAACGGGAAAAGUGAUUGAACAAAUGGGCAAAUUUUACCCUGAGCUGAAGCUAGCUUAUGCUGUUCGAGGCAAUAAAUUGGAAAGAGGGCAGAAGAUCAGUGAGCAGAUUGUCAUCGGCACUCCUGGGACCGUCCUGGACUGGUGCUCCAAGCUCAAGUUCAUCGACCCCAAGAAGAUCAAGGUGUUCGUCCUGGACGAGGCUGACGUGAUGAUAGCUACUCAGGGCCACCAAGACCAGAGCAUCCGCAUCCAGAGGAUGCUGCCCAGGAACUGCCAGAUGCUGCUGUUCUCUGCCACCUUCGAAGACUCUGUGUGGAAGUUUGCCCAGAAGGUGGUCCCAGACCCCAAUGUCAUCAAACUGAAGCGUGAGGAGGAGACCCUGGACACCAUCAAGCAGUAUUAUGUCCUGUGCAACAACCGGGACGAAAAGUUCCAGGCCCUGUGUAACCUGUACGGAGCCAUCACCAUCGCACAAGCCAUGAUCUUCUGCCACACCCGCAAAACAGCGAGUUGGCUGGCAGCAGAGCUGUCGAAGGAAGGCCACCAGGUGGCGCUGCUGAGUGGCGAGAUGAUGGUGGAGCAGAGGGCUGCGGUGAUUGAGCGCUUCCGAGAGGGCAAGGAGAAGGUUCUGGUGACCACCAACGUGUGUGCCCGUGGCAUCGAUGUGGAGCAAGUGUCUGUCGUCAUCAACUUCGACCUUCCCGUGGACAAAGACGGGAACCCGGACAACGAGACCUACCUGCACCGCAUCGGGCGCACCGGGCGCUUCGGCAAGCGGGGCCUGGCGGUCAACAUGGUGGACAGCAAGCACAGCAUGGGCAUCCUGCACAGGAUCCAGGAGCACUUCAAUAAGAAGAUAGAAAGGUUGGACACGGAUGAUUUGGACGAGAUUGAGAAAAUAGCCAACUGAGCAGCUGCGCCAGCCAUGGGUGCCCGCCCUCAGUUCCACCCUUGCCCGGAGACAAGUGCUCUCACCCCGGCACAGGCCUCGACGGUCACCAGAGACGGCGGGCGAGGACAGAGAAGCUACCUACCUCAUUCUCAAUUACGUUGGACUUCACAAAAAUCCGUGCAAAUGAUGGGGGAUGGUAGAAAACGUUUACACAACUUUGGAAGAUUAGGCGUGAAUACACAGAAAUUUACUUUGGGGAAUCCCGUCUGGUUUUGGCCAGCGUCCCCGCGAUUAUGCUAAUCCAGAUGCUCUGGCUAACCGUUUGCCUCGGAGCUCCCGUGCAGCCCCUGCCUGUUUUGGCGUGGCCAAUGUGUGAGUGACUGAGUAGCAGUGAGGAGGGUAGCCCCCAAAGGGUACGAGAAUGAAUCCGGCCAUGGAGUUUGGAGUGUGGCAGCAGAGGAGGCCUAUGGCUGCUACUUUGGACCUGAGGUCGGACAGCUCAUCUGAGUGUCACCAGCCCUCUCUGACCUAGAAGCCACAGCAGGAGGGUCUUUGUGGACAUGGACCUGCCAGCCUUUGGGGCCUGUGUAUGCGGGUUUUGUCACAGGAAUGUGGCCUCUUCUCAGCAGGUGUGGCCUGGAUGUGGCACACAUCUGAGAUAGGCCAGCUCUUUGCUUUUGCUUGAGCGAAUCCUGAGGUGGAGUCAUCGCACAGAAUUGGUAGUGGCCCUCGCUUGCCACAUCGUCUUGUCUCAUGGGGACUUGUGGCAUCUCUUUUACCUCCCUAAUAUUGCCUUGACUCUAUAGUAGCUCCAGGAUAUAAAAGGUGAUCUGAGGUUUGGAUUCACAGUGCAAAUUAUGGUUUCAGUCUCAUGGCCAGCCUCAAGGUGGCUCUUCCUGUGGUCAGCAGAAGUCUCAAAUUUUUGCUUUAUCUCCAGAUCCCAGAAGGCAAGUUUUUUCACAACUAGAAAAUGAUUUCAGCUAUUCAGCAUUUUGAUCAUAAAGGGAUUCUGAAUGUCUGUGGGCACCGCGUUUGGAAUCCAACAUGCCACCACGGGACUAAAUGGACCAGAGCCACUCAUCUGCCCACGGAAAGAGUAGUCACCAAGGCUUCUGCUCCAUCCUUCCAGGGUGCGCUUGUGUGGAAUAGCCUGAGUGAGCAGUAGUGAUGGACACAUCCUCAGUGUGGCCAGAAUAGUUGUACCACGUGAGAGACAAAGCAGAGUGGAAGCGGAGAUGCAGGAGCAGCGUGGAGCCCCAGCCAGGAGUCUUCGUCAGCUCCUUGGCCCUUUGAAGGGUGGCCACUAUGUAUGACCUGGAAGAAGAAAUUUAUCUGAUCAGAACUAUUCUAAUCCCAGAUCUUCCUUGUAGGCAUUUCUGUGUUUUAGGGUCAGAUCUGUCUCCUGGGAGGGAAGGGGCACUGUUAGCCUACGAUGAUUUCCUUAAGCUGACACCAUAGACUGAUAGACUGAGAGUCAUUUUUUGGUUCAUUCUCAUCCAUUCGCAGGUCUUAGAAGAGAAGAAAACUAAAAACCCUGAAAUGACUGCAAAAGUGCAGUGAUUAAAGUAUAGCCUCCUCACUGUGCUGCCGGCUGUCUGCACUGCCCUGUCGCCUAGUAACACAGGUCACAUAGCUGUGUUCAGGGCUGGGUGUGAGGAGGACACCAGGAAGCGGCUGCUGCAGAAUUUACAGUAGCAGGAGGAAAUGGGGACCUGGUAGAUGUGCACAUCCACAGUUUGUAGUCGGGGCUCUUGGAUUUCUAAGACUACCUGAUGGGUUUUGUAGAAUCCAUGAAGUGUACACAGUAGUUUGAGUUUAAAUGCAAAGGAGUGCGUGUCUUCUAAAAAGGUAGGCUUACUAUUGUGGGUGCUUCUGGGUUGCCACCCGUAUUACUGCAGUUCGUGCGCCUUCACAGUCCACACCAUUCCUGCCAGUGGCUGGCCCUCAGGGCCUGAUGGUGCACAUGCCUCUGUGACCUUGUGCAGCCUAGAGACAGGAGUGAUGUAAAGAUAAUGGUGAAUGGGGGGCUUCAGUCCUGGGAUUCUUUUACUGAGUUCAGUAAGUUUCUCUAUGUGAAAUAAUAAACUGUACUCUAAAACAUGGAAACCUGGCAAAUGGAAAUCUUGGUCAAUGGACAAUUCAGGAUGUUUGUCAUCCAUAAACAAUAGAUUUUGUUGGUUUUUCUUUGAUGCUA